AUUUCAGGUCUUUCUUGUGUCUAAAUUUGUUCCUGUUUGUUUGACAGCCUAGUGUAAACUUGAGAGACCUCGGCUUGACCGAUAUAAAUGUGAGUCAUUUGGAGGAGUUGGUCAGCAGAUUACUGCCUGCACCACAAGAGCCUCUUUCUGCUCCUUCGGCAUGGAGGACCAGCCAUGUUUCCUCUCACAGCUUUUUCCACAACAAGCAUGGGUUUGCACAUAAAAGAUUGGGGGUGUUUGGGCAGCCAAUUUUGCACAGACAGUAUCACAGUCCUAUAAAGGAUAUUUGUUCACAGCUACACUUCCUGCCUGUAUGGAUUCAGAGUCGGGGCUUUAAGACUCUCCGGUCCAGGGCUAGACGAUUGGAGUCAGGUUAUAACAGCCCAGCUGAGCCAGAGGCCUACACACCAGCCUUUAUGAAGGGUUUACUUCAGAGAGAAAAGACGCCAGAUGUACAAUCACUGGAUCAGCUGGCGAAACACAAAGGUCUUCCAGACAACCAGCAAGAUGCUUUCAAGACUGGCUUUGCUGAGGGAUUUCUGAGAUCUCAGGCUUUUACACAAAGAACCCAAGACUCACUUAGGAGAACUCGGCUGGUCCUGUUUGUUCUCCUGCUCAUUGGCAUUUAUGGCCUGUCUAGAACCCCGUUUCUCUCGGUGAGGUUCCGCACCACCUCUGGCCUAGACUCUGCUGUUGACCCCAUUCAGAUGAAGAAUGUGACCUUUGAGCAUGUCAAAGGAGUGGAGGAGGCAAAAAAUGAACUGCAAGAUGUUGUUGAGUUUUUGAAGAACCCACAGAAAUUCACUGUUCUGGGUGGAAAACUCCCCAAAGGUAUCCUCCUGGUGGGCCCCCCUGGCACAGGAAAGACCCUCUUAGCUCGAGCUGUAGCUGGAGAGGCAGAUGUCCCCUUCUAUUAUGCCUCUGGUUCAGAGUUUGAUGAAAUGUUUGUUGGUGUGGGAGCAAGUCGCAUCAGGAAUCUCUUCAAAGAGGCAAAAGCUAAUGCUCCCUGUGUAAUCUUUAUUGACGAGCUGGACAGUGUUGGCGGGAAGAGGAUUGAGUCACCUAUGCAUCCUUACUCCAGACAAACCAUCAACCAGCUGCUGGCUGAAAUGGAUGGGUUUAAGCCAAAUGAGGGUGUCAUCGUUAUUGGAGCAACUAACUUUGCAGAAGCAUUGGAUAAUGCUUUGGUGAGACCGGGAAGAUUUGACAUGCAGGUCACUGUCCCACAUCCAGAUGUGAAAGGACGCACUGAAAUUCUUAACUGGUACUUAUCCAAGAUCAAAGUGGAUACUGCUGUAGAUGCCGAAAUUAUUGCCCGUGGCACUGUGGGUUUCUCGGGGGCAGAGCUGGAGAACCUGGUGAACCAAGCCGCCCUGAAGGCAGCUGUGGAUGGGAAAGAGAUGGUCACAAUGAAGGACUUGGAAUUCGCUAAAGACAAGUUUCUCAUGGGUCCUGAGAGGAGAAGUGUGGAAAUAGACAAAAAAAAUAAGACAAUCACUGCUUACCAUGAGUCUGGUCAUGCCAUUGUGGCCUACUACACAAAAGAUGCAAUGCCCAUCAAUAAGGCCACCAUGCCCAGAGGGCCUACUCUUGGACAUGUGUCACUGCUUCCUGAGAAUGACCGCUGGAGUGAGACCAGGGCUCAGCUCUUGGCUCAGAUGGAUGUCAGUAUGGGAGGACGAGUAGCUGAGGAGCUCAUCUUUGGAAAUGAAUACAUCACCACAGGAGCCUCCAGUGACUUCGAUGGAGCUACCAAAAUAGCUAAAAUGAUGGUGACCAGAUUUGGAAUGAGUGACAAGCUUGGCGUCAUGACCUAUGGAGAUGUUUCCAAACAGAGCCCUGAGACUCAAGCUGCUAUAGAACAGGAAGUUAGAGUUUUGCUGAAGGAUUCCUACAACCGAGCUAAACACAUCCUGAAGACAUACAGUAAGGAGCACAAAACACUGGCUGAUGCUCUGCUCAGAUAUGAAACUCUGGAUGCUAAAGAGAUCCAGAUGGUGCUGGAGGGCAAAUCCCUGGACCACUGAAUACCUCACCUUAAUUGACUAGAAUAUUGUAUACUGUGUACAUAUAUAAAUAUAUAUAUAUUCUGCUGUGCAAAUGUGCACAGGCCUUUGGGAGGCCUCACAUUUUCUGUGUGUAUUUUUCUGUCAUUACCAAAUCUACAUUUCCCAUUUUAUUUUGUUUAGGCUUUUCUUUACAUGUAUACAGCUGGUUUUAAAGUUAUUUGAAUGGGCAAUAAUGGCAUCAUGAAUUUAAUUUAAAUUUCAGGUCAAAAGCCGUUUUACUUUAAAACAUAUUGGGUAAAUGCAAUGAUUUUAAAACAGACACAGUACAUUAUAUAAUAUUAUAUUAAUACACGACUUUCCUUUCUAGACUUCAAUACCCAAGACCUUACAUACCUCAUGUUGAAUGUACCAUUAAACUCUAGCAGGGUACAUGUCGUAUCGGAUAUGCUUGUAGCUUUUUAUUUACUUUAAGUGCCCAUCAGUGUCAUUAUUUUCUUACUUAACACCAAGGUUCGAACUUGGAAGGCCAUACCCCAUAAUGAUGGACUGUGACAGAUAAUGUGAGGAAGUAAAGUGUGUAUAUAUUGUAAGUGUGAAGACUUGCCUUCACUCUUGUUUUGGUAGGAGGACUUCUGCAAGCUCAAAUAAAGGUUACUCGAACUCUG